GCCCCCUCCUCCUCGCGGACGCUCCACCUGAAUGGAGCGCGGGUGGGCGGGGCUGGCUGUCCUGAACUGGUAGCAAUAAUUGCAAAGUGGCUAACAGUGUGGCGGAGCUCCCUUUGUGUGCCUGCACCUAAUUCACUGCUGAAAGGGAAGCCAAGAGUGGAAAUAAUGGAGACCGAGUUCACAACAUGCUGGGACAAUGAGCGUUCCUGGAGUGGCAGAACAGAACAAGGUGACAUUGAGGCCGUUGAAGCACUCAUGUCAAUGAGCUGCAGUUGGAAACCAGACAACAGACGUUAUACCGAGCUGAGACCACUGACACCGAUGUCUGAUGAAUCUGAAGAAGCUGAAGAUAGUUUACUGCCCAGUUCUAAAGAUUCCCACACAUUUCCUCUGUUUUGUCUAACUCCACCGUAUAGUCCACCUAACUUUGAGGCGUCUCAAAUGGUUCAUCAUGCAAUGCCGGUUUCUUCCACUGUAUUGCCUAAAGUGGAGCUCCCUUUAUCCAGACAAACCAGCAAAGACAUUGAUGCAACAUUGCCACUGUCUGUAGGUGUAAAACUCACACCGAGCACAAAACCAGCAGAUGUAUCUACAAGACAACGAUCCCAAGCCACAAGUGUGAUUCGUCAUACUGCAGACAUAUUGCCCUGUACAAAUGGUUCUUGCUCAGUUAAGGUGGCCCAGAUCUUUGCCGAUCAGAAAUUAAUACACUCGACAAAUUCAGUGGGCAGAAAUGAAGAGAAAAGAUUGGAAAGUAAUGGCAGUAGAAUGAAAAAUUGUGCAUCACAUGAACUAAUUUCUUCAAUCAAACCAGUAAAUGAAAGCAAUAAAGGACCAAUGGUAGAACAACAUCAGAGCCAAUAUUUAGCACCAACUGUGAAUUCCAUGUCAUUGUUGGGACAAACUCUCUUUUCAAGUUCCCAGCGUCCUGUCAUCCCUCAGAGUCAGCAAGGCUCAAUGUUGGUUUCGUCACCAAUCUCUUCCAGUGUGCCAUCAAUGCCCAUCAUCUGCCAAAUGCUACCAGUCAGUACAAACAGCCCUGCUACGAAGCACCCGACCCUGAGUCCACCUGUUGUCUUCAUGGGAGCUCCAGUUUCCAAAGGUGCCCUAAUGUUCAUUAUGCCACAGCCUGCAGUCAAGUAUACAAAACCGCUAGUUAAUGGCCUAAACGGCAGCAAACUUUCUCCUAUUGCUCCGGCCCCAGGCUUCACACCACCUGUCCAGAAGAUUGUUGCCCAGGUCAAUGUAACUCGACACCGCAGUCACAUCUGUGAUCACCCAGGCUGUGGAAAAACUUACUUCAAAAGUUCUCACCUGAAGGCCCACAUAAGGACUCACACAGGUGAGAAGCCCUUUAGUUGCAAUUGGGAAGACUGUGACAGGAAGUUUGCCCGUUCUGAUGAGCUGUCCCGGCAUCGCAGGACCCACACAGGCGAAAAGAAGUUUGUGUGCCCGAUGUGUGAGCGUCGGUUCAUGAGGAGUGAUCACCUGACCAAACACACUCAGCGGCACCUGUCUGCUAAGAAGCUUCCUAACUGGAAGAUGGAAGUGAGCAAGCUGAGUGACGUUGUCCCGCCAGUAUCGACUCCCUAAUCCAGGCAGCCUCCAGACCGCAUUCACUCUGACCACACAGCCAAACACUUUCUUGAUGGGCGCAGUACUUCGCUUCUGCAAAAUGUUGGAGAGGAUAUGAGAAUGGCAGGAUUUUAUGUAUUAUAAAUAUAUCUUGGAAAGGAUUAUGGAUUAUGCAUUAGUGCUGAACUGAGAUCACUGCAAUACAGGAGAGUUCCGUGGACAGUUUGGUUCACAAUCGGGAACCUGUGAUUUACUGCACUGAAAGAAAACUGUACUCAUUUUUGUCACAGUUCAUGCAUGUGUGACAGCAUAGCUUUGAGAAUUGGGAACCCUUUAGUAACCCUUUAACUGGGAGAAUGUGUGAAACAGUUUUUCCCUACCUCUCUCCAUGUGUAGGGGGCAGUUAGUUGCUAGUCAGCUCACCGACACCGAAGCUUGUUUGAGGUGCCAAUGAACGGACGAUAGCAGCAGUUGGUUACUGCGCCAGCAUGGUAGCGCAUCCAUGGUCUGUGAGCAUAAGGAAAGCAGGGCUAGAGCAUCUCUCACGUGCCGCUGAUCACAGUUCAUGUUGGUGAAUAGAGGAAAUGAUGGAACCAUUGUGGAGCAUCUAGGACUCCGGCGGAAAGGAGCAGAGAGACUCAGCAGGAAUGAGCACCAUCAUAUUGUACAGUUACCUUUGUCACUGAUGCUGGGAUAGAAAUUCGUCUUGGGUGUUAGUGUAAAACAGGCGGGAUCACAUUAGCUGCCCAGCCCAAUAUUCGGGAGCUGAAUAUUGGCUGGAGCCUAUAACAAGCCAAAGCAAUACCACCAGCUUCCUGCAAAUGCCCCAAAUGAAUUUCUGCUCCAUUAUCUCUGCCUUAGGAAACUAUGGUGAUUGAGCAUAAAGGUUGCUCAGCAUAUAUAAAAGCUUAAAAAUGUACGAAGGUGAAUCCUGUAAAACCAAUUGUUUGUCCUGUUUUUAUGGGACUGCUGAAUUUACAAAAAUACAGUAAGUUAAGUUUUUGUAACUUUUUUUUUUCUCCUGGAGGAAUAGUGGAAGUUUGUCAUAGAAUUUCCACAGUCACUGGGGUAAGACUAUUGCUAGACUUUAAGUUUAUAAAUCUUACUGCAGUUUAUUGCCUAUUUUGUGGUAUUAUUUAUUUCAUACAUUCUCCACGGACUGUUCUUUCAAAAUCUACUUUUUUAUUGAACUUGUUCCUUGUCUUCUGGAUGUACUCCUCCAUUAGCAGUGCAUCCUCCUUUGCCACAGGCAGCAUGCUGACUGUGAGGCAAAUGUUUAUAUCUGCAUCAGUAUUUUCCUAUCUUCUACAGAAUGAAAUGUUUGUAUGUCUUAUCUUUCCAUUCACUGUGGCAGUGUUUUUUUUGAAUAGGAUAUCCCUUCUUUAAAGACACUGUCAUGUUCUGUUAACUGUGCAAUCCUUUUUAUCCAAUGGGGUUAAGGGUUUGAAAGCUUAAUUGUUGCUUGAUUUAAAAGUAUUUAAGAGCACCUUUUUAUGAUUCAACUGCAAGAAUUUUUCUUUCAUUGAUAAACAUUGUUUACAGAUUUGUUAAAUACUCAAGGCAAUAAAUUUUCUAUUGUACAUUA